AUGAACCAAACCUUGCUUCCCAAUAGUAGUACUCUGCUUCACUUGCUUGAAAUUCCUCGGCUUAUGAUUUUCCCCACUGGGAUGAUACGGAUAUCGACUUUAAGGUGGAUGAAGGAGGAGGUGACUCCAUUAAUGCUGCGACUACUCCAGCCUCCCCUUCUCUUUCAAAUAUAUAGCGGCAAUGAAGACUACUCCAUCCUCCCUUCUUGGGUUUAUUUGAUUGGUAGAAUGUGUACAAUCGUCUCUCUAAAGGUUUUAGUAACGUUGCUUGUUUGGGAUAGCAAUUUCUUACCAGUGAACCAUUCGCUCUGA